AUGAAGCUGGCAGAGUUGAGCAGCAGUGGUACGAAGGCAGACCUGUUGAUGUUCAUUGACGAGAAGCUGUUAUCGGGAGCUCCUGCGAACAUCAUCACAGAAUUCCAAAAGAAGUACAACGUCAAGGUUGAGCCUCUGCACUUCGCUCAAUUGAACGAGACCUGGAUUCAUUACCCUGAGUUGUUGGCUUUCAACAGAACAGAGUAUAAGAGACUGAUCUACGUUGAUCCAGUCUCUAUCUUAACAAAGGGAAACCUCGAUGAGCUGUUCUUCAUUCCUCCUACUAAUUUGGCAGUUCCUAGUGCGUACUGGACAAGCGAAGAACCGCUCAGCAAGGUACUCAAGCAUUUUGACCUGAAGAAGACCGGUUACAUUAAAGAGUCUCCAAAACGGAGAGCCCUCAAGCUUAACAAGAUAUUCAAGAACGAUAUCGAACCCUUCUUGAACGAGGACACUGCGAAGUUGAACUUCCACGGGUUUUCUUCCUCACAGACCCUCGAUGAGAGAGUCAACGAGAAGAACUUCUACUCUAAUUUGUACAACAGUUUACCAAAGAACUGGGUUAUGGAGGAGCUAUUCUUAUCCACUAACGUCAUGGUGAUUCAGCCAGGCACAGAGGUGUUCUCACGUGUCGAAAAGGAUCUAUUGGAAGUGGGAUACACCGGGAAAGACCUUGCUCGUUUGCUGAGAGAUACGAUAUUCUCUUUCCGUUACUCUAUCAGGUUACAGAUUGGCCGUUCUCGUCACUUCACAAGCAGAUUCAACCUGGAAGAACGUCUGGACGAGAGACCGGAACUAAUGAUCUUGCCUCAUAACGUCUAUGGUACGCUUGCUUCCGAGUUUGAGAAGUACGAAACUUCUUCAAAGAAGGAGAAGAAUUCAAAGAAGUACUCCUUCUACGCUGCCGACCCUAACGAUCUUCCGUAUUCACUUAUGGGUCUCAAGUCCGUCACCGGUGAACCACUCUAUUACGACAUGGAUGAAGCAGAAGACAUUGUUGGUCUCAUUUACAACAAAGCCAAGGUCAUCCACUAUGGAACAUCAGCAUUUGACCGUCAGCUGUACACAGAGGGCAAGUUUGAUGUGUAUGGUUUGGAUGGUAGGGAACGUGUGUGUGAUGCUGGAAGUGGUGAUGCUGGAAGUGGUGAUGAGACCUCAGCUCAUAAGAGAGAUGAGAAGGAGGACGAGAAGAACGCCGGGUUCAGAAAGAAGUCAAAGACUGAAUAUGACUGCUCUUCUGACCUAUGGGAACCAUUGUUAGCUCUGUACAAGGAGCAGAGAUCACGUGUGUGCAACUGA